AUGGUUGAAAUUAUCCAAUUUAAGGGUGAUUAUUUAGAAGUUUAUGCCAAGAAAGCAUUGUGUUUGAUAUAGUAGAGAAGAACAAUGUGCCAAUGAUCGAGAACAGCACAUAGAUUACUCUUAGUGAAAAAAACACAACAUGCAUAGGUUCAGCUUUCGAAUUCAUGAGUAACUCAAUAGUAGACAUUUCUUGUUUCCAAUAAGAUAUCUACUUCAAAAAAAUGGGACAUUUUGGAGAGGGUAAUUGUCUUGUCUUCCAUCAUGCUUGGCAUAAAACUGCUUCUGAUGUUUAAAUGCUAUUACGAAAGAAAAGAUUUGGGUUCUAACAUAUAAACGGUUUCAUUAUAUUUUAAAUAGACUAUGUUUUAGACAGACUACAAGCUGCAAAUUUACCAAAACAAAACUGUUGUUUCAAGAAAUGCAGUUUACAAGCAAAAGUCCUCAAUGACUUAAGGAAGACCACACAUACUGAAAAAAUGUCCAAGAAAUAAAUCGGAAAAUGAACAACAUAUAGUACGAUGCACCAAACAGGCAACAACCUUCCACCUCGCAAGUUAGACUCAAAGAAUGUGAAAGCAUGUUCUCUUAUCUAACCUUCUGGCUCAUUACUAAAAAAAACCCUCGCAAUAUUUAUCCCCUCAGCUGUAAUGCACAAUCCCAACCUUGGAAGAAUAUCGGAAUUACUGUAAUUUUCCUUCUGCUUCCACAAAAAGGGGGCUGACUCCUUUUCUCUUCUAUUUAGUGAAGUUCUCCUUAUCUGUGUCUUAUUUCAACCUCUGUAACCAAGAGGGAGAGAGAGAGAGUGAGUUUGUUGGAAGGUGAAUGGAGAGGGCAGGCUCACAUCUGCAGCCUCCUCCAACCCUGCGCUUUGCACAGCCCUGACCAUGAGACAGCAGACAGUGUGAGUGAGGGGGUAUUUAUUCAAUAAGGGUCCAUCUCCGUGCACAUCAAACUCUGGUGCUAAACUGGAGCUUGGUACUUCAGGAACAUGGGUUGCAAAAUGAGAUCCAUGCAUUUUGUGUUUUGGUGUCUUUACUUCAUGCUCCUUCACUUGUUUUGCACAGCACAAGAUGAGGACAUGAGAUUAAGUUGUAGGACAGCGCCAAGUGAUUUAGUAUUCAUACUCGAUGGAUCAUGGAGUGUGGAUGACAUAAACUUUGAGAUUGUCAAACGGUGGCUAGUAAAUAUCACCAUGAGCUUCAACAUUGGUCAGAAGUUCACCCAGGUUGGGGUGGUGCAAUAUAGCGAUGACCCCUUCUUGCAUAUACCCCUGGAAAAACAUUUAUCAAGUAGUGACCUUAUCAAGGCCAUGGAGUCCAUAGAAUACAUGGGUGGGAACACGAACACAGGGAAGGCUAUCAAGUUUGCCAACGACAAACUCUUCGCCUUAUCUGAGAGAGGUCCAAAUGGCAUUGCAAAAAUCGCUGUGGUUCUGACGGACGGGAAGUCACAAGAUGAAGUGCUGGCAGCUGCAGAAGCUGCAAGGAAAAAGGGGAUAAUUCUCUUCGCAAUUGGCGUUGGUUCUGAGACCGAGGAGGCAGAGCUCAGGGCCAUUGCCAACAAACCAUCCUCAACCUAUGUAUUUUCUGUGAAAGACUAUAAAGCUAUUGCAAAGAUCCGUGCAGUUAUUAGGCAGAAGCUGUGUGAAGAGACUGUAUGUCCAGCAAAGAUUCCAAUCAAUUCUCGAGAUGAGAAAGGAUUUGACAUACUCCUCCAUCUCAACUUGGCUAAAAAAGCUAAAAAGACACAAGGAUCUUUUGAUGGCAGCAAAGCCUACCAGGUGACAUCCCGAGUUGACCUGAGUGAGAGCACCAGGAUGUUAUUUCCAGGUGGACUUCCACCAUCCUAUGUUUUUGUGGCCACGCUGAAGUACAAAGGCUCCGUGGUUAUGGAGGAGUGGGAUCUAUGGCGGAUACAGACUAAGGACGAAAAGCCUCAAAUGGCUGUUACUCUAAAUGGUCUGGACAGAACAGUGAUGUUCACCACCACAAGCAGCACACCAAGUGGAACUCAAACUGUGGUCUUCACUAAACCACCUGCUAAGAAACUAUUUGAUGAAAAAUGGCAUCAGCUGCGUCUUCUAGUGACAGAGGAAGACAUCACUCUGUAUGUUGAUGAUUUGGAAAUAGAAACCUUGGCACUGGAGCCUCCUGAUGGUAUUUUUAUUAAUGGAAAAACACAGGUUGGGAAGUACGUCAGCAAAGAAACAACUGUACCUUUUGAAAUACAAAAACUCAGAAUCUACUGUGACCCUGAGCAGAAUAACAGAGAAACAGCCUGUGAAAUACCUGGAGUUGAUGGAGAGUGUGCUAAUGGACCAGGUGACAUUGAUUCAACCCCAGAGCCAUGCGUCUGUCCACCGGGGCCACAUGGUGCCCCAGGAGCGAAGGGAGAACAGGGGAGAAUAGGAGAUCCAGGUCAACCUGGCCCAGCUGGAGCUGAUGGUAAGCCUGGUGUCCCAGGUUCUCGAGGAAGUCCCGGCUUUCAAGGCUCUCCUGGCAUGCAGGGGCCACGUGGAGCUGAUGGGCAUAAGGGGGUAAAGGGAAGUCCCGGGGAAGCAGGUGACAGCGGUAUCCCAGGUUUACCAGGGCCACCUGGCAAACCAGGUGAAAAGGGGUCUGCUGGCAAUCAAGGAAUACAAGGACUACCAGGCAAUGAUGGACAAAUGGGAGAAAAAGGGAUUAGAGGCCCUGCUGGUCCACCUGGAUAUCCAGGAGAGCUUGGAGCACCUGGCAGGGAUGGGAAAGAUGGAAUUCCUGGAGGAAUUGGUUUAAAGGGAGAUCCAGGACCGCCUGGAAUUCCUGGAGUGGAUGGAAGAGAGGGACAUCCUGGCAUACCUGGUAUACCUGGAAAUGAUGGUCAGAGGGGAAUGAAGGGUGAAGCUGGCUUCCAAGGACCAAAAGGAGCCAAAGGUACACCUGGAGACGCUGGCGAGAUGGGAUUGCCUGGGAUACCUGGUUCAAGUGGACAGCCUGGCCCUAAGGGCACUAAAGGGGACAGUGGAGAGCCCGGUCAACCAGGACCUCCAGGGCUAGAGGGUAAGCCUGGAGAACAUGGGGCAGCUGGCCAACCUGGACAUCCAGGAAUGCCAGGAUCACCAGGACUGAAGGGUCAAAGAGGAGAAGCUGGUGAAAGAGGAGUAGAUGGGAUGAAAGGUGAAAAGGGAGAUUCUGGACGACCUGGUGUUCACGGUUUACCCGGGCCAGCUGGCCAGAAAGGAGAGAAAGGGACAUCAGGAGAGCACGGUCAGAGGGGUCAGAUCGGCCAUCAGGGACUCCCUGGACAGACAGGACAGACAGGACCCUCGGGGCCCAGAGGACUGAGUGGAGAAAUAGGCCCCCCGGGACCACCUGGACCGGAAGGACAACCUGGCAGAGAGCUGUCUGAGCAACAUAUUCAGCAGAUUUGCAGAGAUGUCCUUCGAUCUGAGAUUGCUGCUUUACUGCUGAGUAGUCAACGCAGUCAUCACAGAAGCUGUGAACACUGCUACACACGGGUGGGACCCCCAGGACCUCCAGGGCCACCAGGUCCUCAUGGCUCUCGAGGAUUCCCAGGUUUAUCUGGUUCUAAUGGGCUGCAAGGUCAGCGGGGUUUACCUGGGCGGCCUGGUGUCCCUGGCAUGAAAGGUGAUCCAGGAGAAAGGGGUGAGAAAGGAAAUCAAGGACGCUCACAAAUUGGAGACCCAGGUCUCCCAGGACCAUCAGGUCCAAUGGGUCCACCAGGGGUUGGAAAACCAGGUCACCCGGGUAAGCCAGGCCCACCUGGUCACAACGGCGAGGAGGGGAAGAGGGGGCACCCCGGCGAGCCUGGUCAGCCAGGCGUGUGCCAUCCUUCCAUGUGCUACGGCGCAAUGUUGCGAAGAGAUCCUUUCAGUAAAGGGCCAAACUAUUGACACAGCUUUGGCUGAAAUGCAGACAGCCUGGAUGCGGUGCUGCUCAGUGAAUGAAAGAAAACAAUAACAGCGAAUCUUUCCAAUCUCAGGAUGAUCAUAUUUGUCAAGAGUGUCUCACACUCGUGGACACAUGAAGUACCUCUUAAAGUGUAAAUAAUAUGAUGUUGCCUACAUUAACACCACCGAUUGUCCAUGACUCAAUGUCUUUCUGUGUCAUAAGCUGAGAUGUGCCAUGAUUUAUUCAAGCUGUUUGUCAUGAGGCAUGAAGCGCAUCAGCCUAAUACUUGUGAAAAGCAUCCUGUGUGAGGAGCUCUGCAACACUAGCAGUGGAAAUUCUACCUAGACAUCGACUUCCUUCCUCAUUCUCUUGCUCCCCCAAGUGGCAUUCAACCAUCACCAGCCAAUCAUCUCGCUGUAUUUAUGAAGCUAGAUUUACUGUCCAUUUUGAAUUUGUGUUUCUUUUUGGUCUGAUGUUUCUUUUACUGCUUGCAAGUUUUUCAUGGGAGGAGUGGGAGUUCUUCUGCAAUGCUUCAUGCUUUCUUUCCUAUACUGACGUCUCUUAGAUAUCUACAAUAAUUCUUGUCCCUUUAGGUAGUGCUUACUAAGGUUCCCACAUCUUUUGACCAAUGAAUUUCCAUGAUUUUUUUAUUCUUUAUUUUUUUUUCCCAGGCAUUUUUGAUUACAGGAAACAUAAAAAAAAAAUUCUUACAAUUUUAAAUUAUAUCCUGUAAUAUUUUAGAAAGAAAAAAUAUAUAUAUGCAUAUAUUCAGUAUAGAAAUGUGUAAGAUUUUAUUCAUAUCCACGCCUGGGGUCACAAUUUAUGAUUCUCUGAUAUUUCAGGUUUUCCAUAGUUGAGGAAACUCUUUAUUACACUUCAGACUUCAAAUGUGAGUGUGAUUAGAUAAUAUCUAUAUUAAAUGUUAAAAAAUGGUAAACUGAACAAAUUCAUCAUAUACAUUUUAAUCCACCUUUCUCUACACCAAAUUGUCAUGAAAGACACAAUUCUGAAAGCGUUUUUUUUUUUUUUUUUAAUCUUUUACCCUUGGUUGGUAAAGGAUGUGUAGUAGAGUGUAAUAAAGCUCACUUUCCCAUAAAUGUAUAAUUUUUUGUUAUUUAUAAGAACUGAUAUCAGUUACCACUUUUCCUGUGAGAGCGCUUUCUUAUUUUUGCAGUGAAUUUUUUUUUUUUUUUUUUUUUUACUUUCAUGUGUUUGAAUGACUUUUGAUAACAUUAAUUAAAACCUUUUUUUAUUA